AUGCCGCUAUCCUUCAAUCCCAAUAGACUUAAAGUUCAACUCAAGUUAGCCAUAAAUCGUCUUAAGUUGACUCAACAAAAGAAAAAUUCUAUGAAUAAGCGUGCGCGUAAAGAAAUUGCUGCAUUGCUUGAAAACAAUAAGGAAGAGAGUGCGAGAAUACGGGUUGAAGGUAUUAUUCGAGAAGAUUAUUAUAUUGAAGCAAUGGAAAUGUUAGAGCUUUAUUGUGAACUUUUGAUGGCAAGAUUUGGAGUCUUAGAACAAAUGAAUACUGCAGAUCCAUUCCUGGUUAAUAGAUAUCUUGAAGAGAUUGCAAAAUCAUAUAAUGUUAAUUGGAAAUUGAGUGAGGAUAUGGAUGAUUCAUUAGUUUCGAUAGGUUUAUCAUUCGAUUCAAAAAUUUCUAACAAUAAAUUGGAGCCAUUUACUGCCUUGCCAGAUAUGGAUUUAUUGAUGUCUUUAAAUGAUGAUACCGAUGGAGAGAAUAAUAACUCGAAUAAUAAACCCACACCAACGUCAGGAUCUUGUCAGGGUGUUUCCAGUUUUGUACCCCCUGAUAAUCAUGAUAAUAAACUCAGUAAUUCGUCAUCUUCACUGAUCGAUGAUCAACCUAGCAUUAUUAAUGGUAGUGAUGUUCCACCACCUUAUUCUAAAAACGAUAAUCAAAAGGACGAUUUGCCUGAUUUUGAUGAAUUA